UAGGGUUCUCUUCUUGUUUCUGCUUAUUUUCACUCAUGGUAGCUUAUUUCCUUGUGUGUUAUAUGAGCUCCAGCUUGGCAAGAAUUUAUCUGUGGGAAUCUCACACAGCCUGAGUUGAGAGAAUCCAGAGAGAUUUCCAUUUGCUUCUUCUAAGCAGUCCUGGGAGCUCAUAACUUGGGACCACUUUUUAUAAAACUCUCAGCAAAAUGUUCUUCAAACCACAUGGGUAGUGUAGUUCUGAAUCACCAACCCACCUGAAGGAAGUCUGGUGGUUAUAAAUUCCUACAGGAGGCUUUUCACUUAUUUCCCCUGAGAGCCAAGGAGAGACAGAUAUACUUUCUUGUUUCUUUUUGCUGGUUAAGCAACUUUUACUAAGAGUGUAAAGAUUUGCCUUUUGAGGGUCUCAGAUUUAUGUGAGAGUCUCAGUCUCAACUCCCCACCUUGUACACACUGGAGGUCUUGUUCUCUACUUCUGUAAUGUUUUUAAAACUCAGAACUCUUAGUUACUAUGAUUGGCAAAUGCCUCCAGGGCAACUGUGGUUUCUACAUCCACUUAUCACUUUUUUUCAGUUUUUCUUCAUUUUGGGGCCCUAUAUUUAUAAAAUUUCCCUUAAUUUUUUGACAGGUCGGUAGUGCACUUAAGAAGACAAUUUGCAGGGGGGAGUUUUAUUGUUGUUAUUGUUAUUUAGUCCACUGUAUUGAUACACUUAUUUAGUCCACUAUAUUAAUAGCCCCCAUUUAGCAGAUGAUGAAACUAAGACCCGAAGAAGGAAGUGAGUUGCCUGAGGUCAUACUGCUGGGUCAACAAUUGAACUGGCACUGGAACCAAAUGUUCUUGAUUCCUAGUUUAGAGUUCUUUCCCUCUGGGCAAAUGUGCCUCAUCUCCCUUUCUCACUCAAGUAUCUCUCUUAUGUUUAGUCCUAUGAGGAUCUGGUUCAGCGUCUGGAGCCAGUUAUAAUGGAGCUAGAACGACAGGAGAAUGUACUGGUAAUCUGCCACCAGGCUGUCAUGCGGUGCCUCCUGGCCUAUUUCCUGGAUAAGAGUUCAGAUGAGCUUCCGUAUCUCAAGUGCCCUUUGCACACAGUGCUCAAACUCACUCCUGUGGCUUAUGGCUGCAAGGUGGAGUCCAUCUACCUGAAUGUGGAGGCCGUGAACACACACCGGGAGAAGCCUGAGAAUGUGGACAUCACCCGGGAACCUGAGGAAGCCCUGGAUACUGUCCCUGCCCACUACUGAGCCCUUUCCAUGAAGUCAAACUGCCUGUGUCCUCAUUGCCUUCCACCUUUAGGAAAUGCUGUCUUUGCUCUUCUUCUACUCUGCCUUGUCCUCACGGAGGCACCCCACUUCCAGUGAAGAAGUCCUCAGCAGCUCCCAAACGGCCUUGCUUAUUGGCCGCAACCAAGGAGCUAUCUAGCUCUGGAUGAAACUUACUUUCUUAAUUCCUAUUCUCUGACGAAUAAAGACUUACUGCCUACAA